CCCCGCCGCAGCGGCGCCGGGCGCGAGGGGCCGGGGCGCGGCGGGACCCGCUGGCCGGGGCCGGGCGCUGCGGGCAGCCCGCCCCGCGCCGCCCCGCGCCUCGCCUCGCCUCGCCUCGCCCGCGGCCCUGCGCCGCUCUCCGCAGCGCCGCGCAGGCGCCCGGCGCGGGGACGGCGGCGGCGGAGCGAGCGGGAGAGCGGCGCGGCGGGGAGCAGCAUGGACGGGACGAGCUGGAUCCAAAUGCAUCCUGGGCCUGCUGUCUUAGAGCCGCUCCUGCUUCGCUUCAAUUAGAGUAUCCCCUGCGAAUUCAUCAUGACAUAGUACCUGCUCUCCUGCCCCAUCCUGCUGGAUAAGCUUCCCCUUUCCUCUUGGUCCACACACAUGUGACGCCCGGCGUUCAUCCUCUACCUCGGGUGGUACAGCGUCCUGGGAUGCCAUCAGGAGCUCGAAUGCCCCAUCAGGGGGCUCCCAUGGGUCCCCCAGGCCCCCCCUAUGUCGGAAGCCCCUCGGUGCGACCUGGGAUGCCCCAGACGGUGAUGGAGACGACAAGGAAGCGCACGGCCCCGCAGCAGGUCCAGCAGCAGCAGGUCCAGCAGCAAGUGCAGCAGCAGCAGCAAGCCACCCAGAACCGAACCAGGAGUGCCAAGAGGAGGAAGAUGGCUGACAAAAUUCUCCCUCAGAGGAUCCGGGAGCUGGUUCCUGAGUCCCAGGCCUACAUGGAUCUGUUGGCCUUUGAACGCAAACUAGACCAGACCAUUAUGCGGAAGCGUGUGGAUAUUCAGGAAGCACUGAAGAGGCCAAUGAAGCAAAAGCGGAAACUGAGACUUUACAUCUCCAACACUUUUAAUCCUGCAAAAUCUGAUGCCGAUGACUCUGAUGGCAGCAUUGCGUCAUGGGAGCUGCGAGUGGAGGGGAAACUCCUGGAUGACCUCAGCAAACAGAAGCGUAAGUUUUCCUCUUUUUUUAAGAGUUUGGUCAUUGAACUGGACAAAGACCUUUAUGGACCUGACAACCACCUUGUGGAGUGGCACAGAACUCCUACAACCCAGGAGACUGAUGGCUUCCAGGUGAAGAGACCUGGUGAUGUCAGCGUGCGGUGCACAUUACUCCUCAUGUUGGAUUACCAGCCUCCACAGUUUAAAUUGGAUCCACGAUUAGCCCGUUUGCUGGGGAUACACACACAGACCCGGUCAGCCAUCAUCCAGGCUCUCUGGCAGUACAUCAAAACAAAUAAGCUGCAAGACUCCCAUGAUAAGGAAUACAUUAACUGCGACAAAUACUUCCAGCAGAUCUUUGACUGUCCACGGCUAAAGUUUUCUGAAAUUCCUCAGAGACUCACUAACCUGCUGCUGCCACCAGACCCUAUAGUGAUAAACCACAUCAUCAGUGUUGACCCCAAUGAUCAGAAGAAGACAGCUUGUUACGACAUAGAUGUAGAAGUUGAAGACCCAUUAAAGGGACAGAUGAGUAGUUUCCUUCUCUCAACAGCUAAUCAACAGGAGAUUACAGCGUUGGACAACAAGAUUCAUGAGACAAUUGAAUCCAUAAAUCAGUUAAAAAUACAACGUGAUUUCAUGCUGAGUUUCUCCAAAGAUCCCAAAGGAUACAUUCAGGACCUCCUCCGAUCCCAAAGUAGGGAUCUUAAGGUGAUGACUGAUGUGGUUGGAAACCCAGAAGAAGAACGCAGAGCUGAAUUUUAUCAUGAGCCAUGGUCCCAAGAGGCUGUGAGCAGAUAUUUCUAUUGCAAGAUCCAGCAGCGCCGUCAGGAACUGGAACAGUCUCUGGGAGUGCGUAACACAUAAGCAUUGCUCAUGAGAUCCCGUUGGCAUCUUGACCACAGAACCAGUGGACUUAAUGAGUGUUACUUAGCUCACUGUUACACAUGGACCUGCUUCCUGACUGGAUGAGAGUGUACCAGCAGCACACCAGUCAGAACACCAGCUUUAGAGUGACCCUUGAAAAUCCUGCCCGUUGGGGUGUGUCUCAAACCAUUCCAGGCCAGAGACAGCAGAAGAUUUCUGUGCUCCAUACAGGUGUCAAUGUUAAAGAAGAUUAAAGGUUCAUUCAUUAAGUUGCAUCAUUAAAUUUUAGUGAAAGUUCAGACACUACACGGUAAAUCAUAAUGGGCUAUGCCAUAGAAUCAUGGGUGGUAUUGGUCGGGGGGGAGGUUGAGAUGGGCAUUAAAGGAGACUACAGGUGUAGAGAAAUAAAGGCUGUUCCUAUCCUAUGUUAUUUUAGUUGUUACCUAAGAGCGUCAAAUAGUAACUCCUCUGGAAUUAGACAAGAUAGUCCUCCUUACAGCUGUGGAAUGCUCUAUAUUCCCAAACAGAGUUUCCAUUCCAGCUGGAGCAGUGCAAGAGGCCAUCUCACCAUGUGAAAGAACAAACUAGGAGGAUUUUCAUUCCUGAAAUGAAGAGCCUCUCUGAAAGACAGAAUUGUAGUCAGGCCAUUUCUUCUGCAAAUGCUUGAUACUCCUUCUUUGCCCUGCCCCUGCAGUGAAAGGUGGACUGAAAUAUAUAUCACCAGACAGUCUGGAUAUUCAUUGGUAUGAUCAAUGUGCCAUACUGAGAGGGAGAGAAGUGUCCCCAGGUAAGAGCCUCUUGGGCAUCCUCAAUAUCACUGGGGUUAGCAAAGCUGAGGUUGAAGCAAGAAUGAGGCAUUCUGAAAACUGAAAGUAAGUUAAUGGUGCUUUGUUGAUAUCUGCCUUGACCACAGCAGAUAUUAACAAUAAGCAUAUAUGUAAAAUACGAGAUUUCUUAAAUUUUUCUCUCUGUGUUUGCCAUUAGGGAUCCGCACUUAAAAGAACUUCCCUAAUUGGAAGUUGGUGCAGAAUCCAGGCGGUACAACUUCAUAUAACAUGACAAUGUUCUCUUUCCUUCAGGUCAUUAAGAGAGUCCCUGGACUGGUCUCACAUUCUAAUCAUAGGUGAACUGCCUCCUCCUAUGAAUCAUUCAGUUCCCCCAUACUUCAUAGUUACUGGUUUUAUAGGAUGCUGUUGAGUUAUAAAGCACUAUCAGCCUUCAAUAGCACAGAUGAAGCAUCCUUUGGAAACCAUCUUCUUUGCAAAUGUACAGUAAAUUCAGACUAUGGAGAUUACACUGUAUUUACUUGGAAGCAGUGACAUCUGCAUCAAGUUCCCCUAUGCCACCUCCCUAAGUUUUUUUAUUAAUAGAUUAGCUUGUAAUUAAUGACCCAAUGUGAUUUCUAGUCCAAAAAGCAGCUGCCAAAGUAUAACUUUGUGUUCUGAUGAUGUAACCUAGAAGAGGAUUUUGAUGCUACACCUCCUUUCUUUCACUGUCAUGGAAAGAGAAUGAAGUUCGCAUGUGGUGAAGGGAGGCAGCUCUUCUGAAUAAUGUAUUUUGCUGUAAUAUUGUCCGUUUCUCCUCUACUAUCUUUGCCAAUUUCUUAGUUGAACGUAAACAUUUCUUCUGUCUGGUCAUAGAAGAAACACUUUCCCUCUUUAUUUAAUGCCUCUACUUCCAUAUUAGCAGUGCCAUAGCUUUUUCUCUGUCCAUCGUGUUCAGAGAUGUCUUGAAAAAUUUACAUUUGAUGGCAGUACCAUCAUGUACAUCCAUUGGUAUAAGAAAAAAGCACAGCCGUACCUCUUGGCCCUGGGCAUUGAGGCCUUUUACUGGGAAUGGCUUGGUCUGGAUUAUUUUUAAUGUUAAAACCCCUCCUUAUGUUUAAACAUGAAAUCCUCCAGUCUUAAACUGAAUCUAGUGAGGGACUGUGAGGUUGCCAGACAGUAAAUGUCAUUCAGAUCUUAUUUACUGUAGGACUCCACUAUUUGGACUACGAGCAAGCAUCAUGAAGGAAACAGUGGGGGGUCAUCUGCUGCUGUGCUUCCAUAUUUAUUACACUGCUGCGUCAGUUGUGUGCAUGCUGUCCAGUGUAUAAAGCUCUUUUCUGUAUGUGGUAAACAGAGCAGCUACAUUCAGGGGAUGCGUUCAGUCUCCAGGAAUAAGAAAUGCAGAAUAAGAUAGGUAAGGAUGUGAGAUGGGCAUGGGACUGGGGUAGAUGUCUGCCAGGGAAAUCUAUUUUUAAGAACUUUCCCGUUCAAGUGGCAAAUAUUUAUACAGAGAAAUUUCAGUCACAUGCCGCAGCUGGCAAGAUAACGGAUCCCAGUCUGCUCUAAGAAUCUGUCUGUAAAAUUGAUUGGAUGGGGCUGCUUCCAAGUCUCUCUCAGACCAAAUUAAGAGAGACUAAUGUGUAGUGUCGCUGCCCGGUGGACUCACAACAGCAGCACUGGAAGAUGAAUCUAUGUUAAGCACCAAUGCCACUGCAGUGUGUGCAUGCAUGCGUGCGUGUGUGUGCGUGCACGUGUGUGUGUGUGCACGUGUGUGUGUGUGUGCGCGCACACACGUGUGUGCGCAUGCAUGUGCCAGUCAGCCAUAUAGAUGGUGCCAAAUAUGCCAAGCCAAAAUCUAAAUUCUUACACCACUAUUCCUAUUCCUACUGUAAAUAAAAAGACUAUUUCCCGAUGAUGAGUCUUAGAAAUAGCUGUCAGGUGUCUUUCCUUUGGUUAGACUGGGUUUGAUAUUUUGAUUCUUUUUUUCCUGUGUUCAGAAGCAGUUCAGGCCUUUUACUGAAGAGGCAGAGAGAGAGAUUUUGUCCUGCAUGCCAGGAGUGCAGCUAGGAACUUGUCGGUUUGGAAAAAGGAGAAAUUAUAUGUGAAGAGAAACAGUGGAGCAAUACUGGUAGGAAUUGGACCAAAUACUGCUUAGGCAUGCAAAAAUUUAAGGUAGUGGUACUGAAAAGGCAUGUAAUUGUGGCAGAUUUGGAAUGAUAAAUUCACGUUAAGUUCAAGAUGGUUGUGGGUUUUUGUGUAAAAGAAGACAGGAAGAUUUUUAGGGUCUUCAGUUUCUGCCACAAUACAGUGCAAAUCUGUGUGUACUGCAACAGCAUUCUGGGCAUAAAAGUAGUUAACAAUAUAUAAAUAAUAUAAAUAAUAAUAUAGAUUGUUGGAAAAUACAGCAUAAAACUAGGAAAGGGUUAAAGCAGAAUUCCUGGAGUACCAAUAGACGGGAUAUGUGUCGUGGAGCUGACGUGUUGACGUGGCAGGCUUGAAGCACACUCUUUAGUCCUUAGUGCUGUUGGCAGAGAGUCAGGAUUCAGACCAAGCGCUUUCUAGAAAUUAAAGGGAAGACAAAUGUUCAGUCAUGGAAGGACAAUGCCAGACUAGAGGGAAAAAUACAGUAGUGGGGAAAAAAAAAGAUGGAGCAGAGAGCCACUCAAGUGCCAUUAAGUUGUAGCACAGGAUAAUGUGUCGCGUGCUGCUGGGAAUAGCACAGUCCGUGCGAUGCCGUGUACUCUGUGUGUGCGUGUGUGUGUGUGUGCAUGUGUGACAUACAGCGAGCAGAUGUGCGAGGGCUGGUCCCAGCUGUGGACAGCCGGGGAAAUCGGCGUGCAGGGCAGCACCAACCGUUCAGCAAGUAACUUUGAGACAUGUUGUCAAAACAUUUCCCACCAUUAUCAACAGCAGUUCAGCUGUUCUGCUUAGCAGAGUUGGUCGUGCUAGUGCAGACAUCGCUUCAGCUGACAGCUUGCUUUACACCACGUUUUUUAGAGUUUAUCCUGCUGAAGCUGAAGGAAAAUAUUGGUGCCUAAAUCAAUAUUCGUCCGCAUACUAGGGCUCCUUGUUCUGCUGAGACUGUAGUCAGGUGUUGGAGGUAUUUUGCCUGUUUUUUGUGUUGAGAAUUCUUCCACAAGCAGUACAAAGAGAUGAGGGGGGAAAUGAAAGUGUCUUUUUUUUUCCUGAAGAGAGAGUUCUCCUUUCUGUAACUGCUCUGUUUUUAAUAGGAUGUGUCUGUUCUGCCAGAUCCUGUGUGAUAAAACACCUUUUCCCAAUCUCAUUGAAGAAAGGAACUCCAUUAAAAAAAAAAAGCAAAACACAACUGUGGGUUUGUGAGAGUGAAAGAAUACGUGUAUGAGAGAGAGAGAGGGAGAGCCUCUCUCUGUAGCCACUGUAUCUUCAUUGUAUGAUGCCGAGUGAUUCGUAGAAAAGCUUUUAACAAUAAAUACUUUGUUUCUUUGUA